UAAGAUUUGGACUCAUGUGCAGGCUGUGAGCGCUGAUAGGCUGCUGCAGGAGAAGCGCCGCAAUGAGGCCGAAAAAAAGGUCAAGGAGAGAUCUGCAUGAGCUGGAAGAUUUGGUGCAAAAACAUGCGCGCAUUGAAGAAUCUGACGAGACAACCCACGGCUGGACGGGGGUGAACGAGCGCACCUUCAUUGCUGUGAAACCAGAUGGCGUCCAGCGGAAACUGGUGGGAGAAAUUGUGCGUCGUUUUGAGAAGAGAGGGUUCAAGCUUGUGGGCCUCAAACUUAUGCAGGCAUCUGAGGACCUUCUGAAGGAACACUACUCAGAUCUGAGUACCAGGCCCUUCUUCAGCAGACUGAUACGCUACAUGAACUCUGGACCCGUCAUUGCCAUGGUGUGGCAGGGUUUGGACGUGGUCAAGACUGCUCGCAAGAUGAUGGGCGAGACCAACCCUGAAGACUCGCAGCCAGGAACCAUCCGAGGAGAUUUCUGUGUGGAAGUGGGCAAGAACGUGAUUCACGGCAGCGACUCUGUGGAGAGUGCCCAGAAAGAAAUCUCUCUGUGGUUUCGUCAGAAUGAACUCCACCGCUGGCACAGCAGCAACAGCCACUGGAUCUACUGACGGUCUAGAGGAGCUCUGCAGACACCGUCCCCCAUGUGAACCAGGGAGUCUCAGUGUGGGUGUGAUCACAAGAAGGACCACGUCAUACCUCAAACAAAUGCUUUUAGGCUUUAGUAGUUUGUAGCCUCAUGGAGAACAAGGAUGAUCUUUGCAUUGCUGCAUUUCUGUUUUUACUUGAAGGAUGGUAAGAUGUAUUUAAAAGCAAUAAGAAAGCAAUAACUUGGUAAGGAACAUCACAGUUUCUGUUUAAAUAUUAGUUUUGCAGCAGUAGCUGCUGUUUUAAGCUUUCAAGGAAUAGGAUGGAUUUGAAUCAAUAAAUUAUUGUGGAUUAAUUUUACUCAUUAAGAGAUCACACAUCGGGAAAAUGGCUGGAUUUAAAUGCCUCUGUAACUUAUAUUAAUAUUUUCCAUAAUUUUAUUUAAUUUGUUUCAUUGUAAUGGGGUAAAGUUUGAAGUAUCACAAAACUGUCCAGUUUCUGCAUCCAGUUUAGUUACAGUAUGUUUGGCACAUACAGUAAAUUAGUCUUUACUGGCACUUGGGAGGGAAAAAAGUUCCUGGCAGUUUAUAUUGAGAAAAUACAGCACUUGUUAAUAUCCGGCUGCACUAAGACCCUCACCAAGAUGGGAGCAAGUUUUAAACAACUAAAGUUUGUGCCUUUACGCUCAUUCCUGGUUUACGGCGUCAUUCUCUAAUUAACUGUAUCGUCAGUUUCUAAUUAUCUAGAAGGUUAAAAAUGUAUAAUUUGGAAGUAUUUGAAUGUAUAAAAUGUAGAUUUCCCAGCUUUCCAAGAGUUUGUGACUCUUAUUCUGGUUUGUAAUUUCAUGCAUUUUUCUGGAUUAAUUUCCUUCCUGAAGUGGAAUGACUAUGAAUGUUGCUUGAUCAUCUUUUUUUUAAUAAAAACCUUAGCAGUUGA